UUUUAUUGUGCUUCCUGUUUGCGUGUACUACCUUGAAUUUUUUUAGGGUUGCAGUAAAAUUUUAAGUUUGGGAUAGAAACGUUUCGUCACUAAUUCAGCUAGAAUCGAAUAGAUGACUAGUCCUUGUGAAUAUCCAUUUCGUUAGUGCAUCAGCCAUCACCAGCUGCAACAAUGUUUUCCACGCGAAAUUGGCCGGCAUUAGAUCUAACUUUCAAGGGAGAACACUUUGAGAGCUUCGCAUCUGUCGUCCUACGUGUCCCAGGGCUCAUGUUGAUUGACCAAUGGAGUCACAUCAGCUCAGACCGACUCUGGCCCAACACAUCGGAUAUUAUGGAUAAAUGCUAUGCAUUCAUUUUUCAUCUAAUGUUGAUUCAUGGACUUGUAAUACUCAUUGUACCAUUACCAAAACUGGUCACAAUUUACAUGCAUUACUUGAGUUUGGCUGCAUUAACCGGAGCAUCACUUUUGUCAAGACAUUUUGUUUUGAUUGAGCUACAAGAUUUGGAUAAAGAUGCGACCCUCCCUAAAUCCACUGGUGUUUCAAUGACACCACCAACAACUCAACUUCCUUCAGUAAUAAACUUCAGCCCUGAAUAUGCACUUAAAUUUGCACGUGAAUUCCGUCCUCCAGGAAUAAGUUCCGAAGUUCCAGCAUACCAAUUUGCGGAGCGUACCCUAAUUGGUAUCGGCCUAAUUGUGGAUUCGAUGGAAAUUGAUAUAGAAUGGCUCAGUCUUUUGCACCAGCUAGCCGUUUUGUCUGUCCAACUAUUCAUCGUAUCGUGCGUUAAUUUCUUCCUUGACGUUGAAUCAAACGCCAAGCGGGCAUUUUUAGCCAUCUACUGUUUGCCCAUAGUCAUCCGUUUGUCGGGUUUUGCCCAAUCUGAUUUACUUCUAGUUCAUAACUUUGCCACGGCUGCCCUGAUUCUAGCCGCAAUUUAUUACGUUCUUUCCUGCGUUCCAGCAAUUUUGAGUGAUAUGAAAUUCUUAUAUUUGUACGCGGCCCAUGAGAUCGAAGCUCUAAGCCUAGCGCAUUUGGCUGUGGAUAUAUGUUCACGCCUCUUCGUUCCCAGUCAAUUUUUCGUGUUUUGGUUGGGCCAUUGCAUCAACCAACUUCACGCUUUGCUCAUUCAUCCCGAUCUUGUGGCGAACUCGGGCGUUUACUCUGACGAGUGGUAUAUGGUUUUCCUCUGCGCCAUUUCCCAAAUUUGUGACUCACCACUGACUCUUGCUGGCACUUGCGUUGCAAUGUCUUAUGCUUCUUCUAUAGGCCAAGCGGGCAUCAAAAUAUUCAUUCUGAACUAUCAAGCUUAUGCGGCGGAGCAAAAUCCUCAUGCUGGGUUGGCAGAAGGCCUUACGAUGGCGUUAUUGGCCGCCCAAACGGGCCUAAUCCGUAUCAAGAUGCCGCAACGUUUGGCAAUAUUUUCAAUCAUAUUAUUUGUUGUGGUAGCAUCUUUGAUUCAGUCCGUAUAUGAAACAACGGAGCCAAUGUUAUUAGCGCUUUCAGCUAACAAGGAUCGGCACAUUAUGCGCCACGUCAGAAUCUUGUUGCUGUGUGUUUUUCUAUUUGCCUUCCCCCUCUAUAUGACGUUCAUCCUGUGUUACAUCUUUGACCUAAACUUUUGGACCUUGGUUGUUAUCUCCACUUGCGUUAUGACGUCUGUACAAGUUGUUGGAUUAUUGGUGAUCUACUGUCUCUUCCUUUACGACUCAACUCGCGAGGACGCAUGGGAAGCGCUCGACGACGUUAUAUACUACACCCGAGCUGUAGUUCGAUGCCUGGAAUUCAUGGUCGCCCUAUUUGUCGUAUGCGCUGGCUUCCACGAAUCCUUAGUUGGCCAGUGGUCUUGGUCCAACAGUGUCGUCCUAGUUGUCCACUGCUAUUUCAAUGUUUGGCAGCGCUUACAGACCGGUUGGAUCUCCUUCCUUCGCCGACGGGAAGCUGUCAAACACAUAAACGCUUUGCCAUCUGCCAGCCAAGAACAGCUGGCUGUCCACAACGAUGUUUGCGCAAUCUGCUAUCAAACUAUGAAUCUUGUUGGAACUGUACGCGUCACUCGCUGUAGACAUUUUUUCCAUGGCAAUUGUCUUCGAAAGUGGCUCUAUGUCCAAGAGAAGUGCCCAAUGUGUUCUGCGGCCAUUACGUUAAUUCAAGCUGAAGAAUCAUCACCAGAUGCCGCUGAAGCACCUCUAAACGAAGCCAAUAAAACGUCUAGCCAAGAUCGCAAAGUUCAUUUCUCAUUUGCGGAGAACCAAAGCAGCGGCACCAGUGAGGCAAACGAAGUAGUCGAUGAGAAUGAAGAUGGAGCGUCACCAAGUCAGAGUGUAACAGCGGCCACUCCUUCCGGAACCUUCCACCAAAAUCAAAAUUUCGAUACUCUAUUACACGCUGCCCAACAAGAUGUGCGGCAAGCUAAGUUGCGAGGAGCUCAGGCUCGCCAUUCACGCAGCAAAAGCGAAAGUGUUGCACGCAUUCUAGAAUAGAAAUGUAAUGAAUAAAUAUCUUGGGUUGUCGUGAAAUGUGGAAUAGUAUCCACAAUCUUUGUUGAAUGUUUGUUGUGCCAAAGACAAACGAUCGCGUGUUUACAUACCAGAAUAAUUGACUCACAUGGAUAAUCUUCCUUCCGAAUUGUGCACGCGUCAUUGUGCUACUUAAGAUGUUGGUUUCUUGACAACUUUUCCUUCGAGAUUCUCAUGGUCCUUUUUCUUUCCAGACCUAUGUUUAGCCAUCAGUUUGGCUAUAAUUAGUUAGAUUUUUCUGAUGUGGAAGGGAUGUGAUUUUUUCUUCAAUGUAUCGCAAUACAAGUCAGUGUCUAUAACAUCAAA